GCAUUUCACCGAUUCCAAAAUUGACCAAAAUUGAAAACCCCAAUAAAAAGGCAGGAUCGGAGUAUACGAAAGAACAGCUAGCCCGCACUCAUGCCAAAAUCGUAUAUACACUAUACUACACUGCAUGGGUUUCGCAUUACGCUCAGUUGACAGAUAUAAUUCUACCAGUGUCAUCAUCGAGAUAUAUAUCUUCGUCAUAAUAAGUACAUAUAGCAACACGUUAUUAUUUGAGAGAACUGGGUAAAGAGUGGUUCUAGUAGAAAGAUGGGUUGUCUGGAAACGUUGAAGAUGGAGUUUCGUUGCAGAGCUUUCUCGCUGGGAGGAACGAAACCAAAUCUAUUUGUCACACCUCAAGGACGAUGGCUGGGUAUGCCAUGGACCUUUAUGACAUAUCGUCUAGCAAUAGCUAUUUAUCAGCUCAUCUUUGUCAUUCUCACUCUGGUUUACUGGGGCGAGGAACCCCUCUACAGCGCGGUCGACACCAAGGCAAAAUGGCUCAUCUAUAUCUCGAACUGGACCUAUCUUUUCGUCCUCGCGUAUUUUCUCCUCGCCGCCAUCACCACUUUCUACUGGCACAUGAGUCACGAGCAAAGAGGCAAAAUUCAAGAAUCGGGCGAGAGGAGUGACACAAUCGAGAUGACUGCUAACCCAAUAGCAGAUACAGAGGCCGCCGCAUCAGAGAGGGUCUACUCCACACCUUGGUAUUUACAAAUCCAACGCUUCUGCCAGGUCUACUCCUGUUCUGCCACCGUCUUCGUCACCCUUCUAUUCUGGGUGUUGGUGUACAACCCCGACUCCACCGUCAUCCAUGUCUUCAACGUCAGCGUCCAUGGUGGCGCGAUGAUGCUCAUGAUUAUCGAUACCUUCCUGGUGGCCACACCCAUCCGCAUCUUGCAUCUGAUAUACGUGAUGCUGGUCGCUUUUAUCUUUUUCUGUUUUACCGGGGUUUACUACGCAGCCGGCGGGCUGGAUCCCAAGGGCGAAACCUUUAUCUAUAGCGGCUCGCUGGAUUGGGGAGCAGAGCCAACCAGAUCGGCAAUCGUAGCCGUCCUCACUGUAUUCGUAGCGGCACCUGUUCUUCAUAUGGUUUUCUAUAUCAUUUACUGUAUCCGUCUAGCAAUAGGGCGCUGCUGUCAUUGCUACACGCAUCACGAUUCUUAAUUCAGUACUAUUCAUUAAUAAUACAGCUAUUUAGAAAGAACAGUCAAAUUCACAGUUAUAAUACAAGACAGGCAAGACAAGCACUCCAUAUACCGCGUGUAAGAACUUCCUUUGCUUUGAAUACAGUACUGGUCCUAAGUUUUGGAACUCACUUCCUAUUGAUGUAACUCGCUCUAUCAGUGUCUCUGUUUUUAAACGCAAACUGAAAUUAUAUUUAUUGAGUAAUUAUGCUGGAAGUAUUUAAUGUAAAAACUGUGUCAUCACAAUAAUGAUAUUGUAUGUAAUUUUCUUUUUCUUGCUUCAUUGUCUCUCUCCCCCCCCCCCCCCCUCGUUUCCAGGCUGGCCCUUACCUUACCUUACCAACAUUUCUUCAUUUAUUAGCAGACUCGUUUUGUUCCGUUUUGCUCUAUUGUACUUUUUCUUUUCUCUCUCUCUUCUUCUUCUUCUUCUUCCCUAUCACCAUUUCACCUACAUAUAACUUAAUUUCUUCCUUCUCAACUUUUCUCUGUUGUUGUUUUGUUCUGGUUUGCGCUUUCGCUCUCAAUCCUUAUAUAUCUUCCCAUUUUCUCCUUUUUGUAAUACAUCUAUCUAUUUCCUAUGUGUAAUUGCUUCUAGUCUGUUAAGGUAGUUUAGUUGUUAAGUAUUUUUUAUUCAAAAAAAUUAAAUCAUUCAGGUAAUAUAUUCUGUUUGGGGACCUUGCUCUAACAAGCCCAGCUUCUAUAAGGUCUCCUCUUUCUUUCAUGUACAGCACAUGAUCUUACAUAAGUAACUUUUUUAUAGAAUUUCUUUAGUUAAUAACAGGUGUUGUAUGUUGAACGUUACUAUUGCGCUUCAAAUUAUGUUUGUUAUAUUGAUAAUCUGCUGUUCCAGUUACUUUAUUUGAAAUUCUAUGUACAAAUGUUUAUGAAAGAAGAAAUAAAAUGAACUAUGAAUUAA